AUGCAGUUCUCCUCCCUCGUCACCCUCGCUUUUGCGGCCUCUUCCUAUGCCCUCACUACUCCCCGUCAGUUGGAGCCUAUCGAAUAUGCGCCUUGCGGUGGCUUUGUCAUAGACCCGCAGACAUGCGAGGAAGGCUACCAGUGCAUUCAACCCGACCCUCGUCGUCCUGAUGUCACUGAUCUCCCUGGAAUCUGCGUUAAAAACGAGCCCAUCACUUGUGCUGGCGCAGCAGGGGACGAGUGCUAUUCGACCAACUUCUUGUCCCAGUGCUACGACUGGCCAUUGGAUGGCUGUGAUCCUGAGAAUGGAGAUAAGGACUGCAUUGGAAUUUGCCUCGACCCUCUGGUGGCUCCGACCAAAUAA